UAGACUCCCAUAUACUUUGCUAUAAUCAAGAAGAACAGAAUUCUCAAAUGCAAACUGCAACAUCAUGAGCAGCAACUCGUCCCAGCUUGCAGCCUUGCAGCUCUGCUAUGAGAACGUGAACGGAUCCUGUGUGAAAUCUCCUUACUCCCCUGGACCCAGGGUGAUUUUGUAUGCAGUCUUUGGCCUGGGAGCUGUGCUGGCCGUGUUUGGGAAUCUCCUGGUGAUGAUUUCAAUCUUUCAUUUCAGGCAGUUGCAUUCUCCGACCAACUUUCUCGUUGCCUCUCUGGCCUGUGCUGACUUUCUUGUGGGUGUGUCUGUGAUGCCCUUCAGCAUGGUCAGGUCCAUAGAGAGCUGCUGGUACUUUGGGCGAAGUUUCUGUACUUUCCAUACUUGCUGUGAUGUGGCCUUUUGUUACUCUUCUCUCUUCCACUUGAGCUUCAUCUCCAUCGACAGGUACAUUGCUGUGACUGACCCUCUGGUAUAUCCUACCAAGUUCACGGUGUCUGUGUCCAGGCUGUGCGUCAGCAUCUCCUGGAUCCUUCCCCUUGUGUACAGCGGUGCUGUAUUCUACACAGGUGCCUAUGAUGACGGGCUGGAGGAAUUAUCUAGAGCUGUCAACUGUAUAGGAGGCUGUCAGGUAGUUGUAAAUCAAAACUGGGUAUUGAUAGAUUUUUUAGCCUUCUUUAUACCUACCUUUAUUAUGAUAAUUCUCUAUGGUAAUAUUUUUCUGGUGGCUCGACAACAGGCUAAGAAGAUAGAAAAUACUGGUAGCAAAACAAAGUCAUCAUCAGACAGCUAUAAAUCCAGAGUGGCCAAAAGAGAGAGAAAAGCAGCUAAAACCUUGGGUAUCACAGUGAUAGCAUUCAUGAUUUCAUGGUUACCAUAUAGUAUCGAUUCAUUAGUUGAUGCCUUUAUGGGCUUUAUAACUCCUGCCUAUAUUUAUGAGAUUUGUGUUUGGUGUGCUUAUUAUAACUCAGCCAUGAACCCUUUGAUCUAUGCUUUAUUUUACCCAUGGUUUAGGAAAGCCAUAAAGGUUAUUGUGAGUGGCAAGAUUUUCAAGGACAGUUCAGCAACUAUGAAUUUGUUCUCUGAACAAACAUAA